AUGGAAGAUUCAUCGAUUGAAUUAAAUGAAUUACCUGAUGAGAUUCUUAUAAUUAUUUUGAAAAAAUUGUUCAAUACCGAAGUACUCUAUUCUUUGAUAGAUGUUAAUAAACGACUCAAUUCAAUUGUACAUGAUCCAAUUUUUACAAGUCAUUUAAUAUUGAUGAGAUGUUUCUCGGAUGAUUCCAUCUAUCCAUUACCUGAUUCAAUACUUGAUCGAUUUUGUUCACAAAUCUUAUCCUCAAUUCAUCAUAAAAUCAAAUGGCUUAAUCUUGAAUCAUCAUCUAUGAAACGUAUUCUUCUUGCUACAAAUUAUCCGAAUUUAUAUGGACUUGGUUUAUAUAAUAUUGAGGCAGAAACAGCUUUAUCUCUCUUUAUUGGUAAGAUAUUUUCUUCAAUUC